CCUGUAUAAACAAGGGAAGAGUAACAAUUCCAACAGCAUCCUUGUGAGUCUCAGUGCUGCGUUGUUGCAGAUGAACACUGCAUUUCUACUCAAUGUGGCGAUCUCCCCCUACACCAGAGAAGGGGUCACAUGCCGGUUUCUUGCAGUCAUCACGCACUACUACCUCCUGUGCUGCUUCUGCUGGAUGGGGAUUGAAGGGUUCCAACUGUACCUCUUAACCAUUCGAAUUUAUAACACGUAUAUAAAGCACUUUAUUCUGAAACUAUCGCUUAUUGGCUGGGGGGUUCCUGCCAUGGUGGUAAUCGUGACUUCUUUAAUUAAAUCUUCAGUGUAUGGAUACACAAACAACAGUUUACCUCAGUGCUGGAUAAAAACACAGACCCACCGUUAUAUCACAAUCUCUGGCUUCUUUGGAGUUAUUUUCUUGUUCAAUUUGAUUAUCCUGGCUGUGGUAUGCUACAAAAUAUUCCAGAUAAAAAGUUCUGCUCCUCAAAAUGAAGUCCAGCCAACAAGAUGGAAGGAGGUGUGCACUAUUCUUGCUCUAUCUUGUCUUUUAGGGUCAACGUGGGCAGUGGUGUUUAUCUUGGAGAACCUUCGUGAACCAUUUACUCUGUACUUCUUCUCCACCCUAAAUUCCUUACAAGGUUUUUUCAUCUUCCUUUGGUUCUGUGCCAUGAAUUGCCCCAGUAAAGCAAAAGAGACAAAGCAAGAAGGAAAAGUGACUCUCUCUGCAGCUGUAGUGACAAUCUCCAGUUCUCAGUAGUGGCAGUGUAUCAGACAUGGUCAUGUAUCACAAGACAAAUUUGUCAUAUGCAUUAAGAUAUCUGUAACCAUCUUUAUGUUUGAGAUGUUGUGAAGUUUUCUUCACUAUCGUUGGUUUUACGUGGAGAUGUUAUAAUAAUUGCAGAGUUCAAAGAACUAGUAAUGCAGUGAACCCUAAUUUAUUUUGUACAAACAUACUAAUUACAAUCACUACCUACAUUAGUGAAGUCUAUAUGGAUAAAUUGCCCAUGAUGUAAUAUACCCUUAAGUGUAGAAAAUGAAUAUAAAGUCUUCAGCAAAACCAACAGUCCAUUCAAACUUCACUUUUAUGGUAAUAGCUUCAUAGUUAGUUAUUGAACUCUGUUAAUUGCUGUAAUGAACAGUAUUUCUGUAUAUUGCAACACAAAUCCAACCCCGUGUAUUGCUUGUAUGAUUGAAUUAAUUUUUCUUGAAUUUAAGAUAAGUUUGUAUGCAUAUCCAUCAUUGUUUGUAGUAUGAUGUAAUGAGAAUUAACUCUGUCUACUGUAGAUUGCAGUGUGGAUGCAAAUGUGAAUUUCAUUUUACUCCUUUUGUCUUACCAGAGGUGUUGCUGUCUCUGUAUUCUGUCUGUAGGUUAUGUGUAUAUAUUUCUCAUUUGCAGCUUUUCUCCAAAGCCUGCUCUGAAAAGGGGUUCUAGUGCCCAGUCAGACUUUCCUAGUAAUCAAAUACAAUAAAUAACAUAAAUAAAUAAAUAAAUAAAUAUUAAGGAUGCAGUCCUGGAAAGAGGAGACUAAGCUACUUUCCCCAACUGCAACAGAGUAUUGUCUGGUUAGGUGACUUACUUAGAGUCCUAUAAAUGGAUACUGUGGGAGUCAGGCACUUGACUACAGGAUGCUGGUCAUUAACAGCUCAUAAUUAGUCCUCUGCACUAACUGCCGGACUACCUCAUUUUCUUUUUUCUGCUAAGAUACUCAGUGGUAAUGAAUUAAUCAGGGCAGCCCAAGCUUUUGUUUCAUACUGCAGGAUCGCCAAGUGUUUUCAGUCCAAACAAAAUAUAUGGUACCUCCACCAUGUCCUGGUUCGGUCUGGGAAAAAUAUUUGAGGAGCAGCCAGAUGAGGCCUCUAUGUAAGAUGUCAGAAGCACCAUAAAUUUUAUUUCGAAAUUUUUAACUGAGGCAGAGCACUGAUCCCAUUUGACCGAUUUAAGUCUCAGCCCGGGGAAAACACAAUAGAUACAUGACAUUAUAUGCAGAGAAAAUGACAAAAUGAAAUAUAUACAUAUAUUAUACACACGGUAAAUAUCAUAAUUGGCUUGAGAGUAUAAAAGCAAUAGAUAAAUGACAUUAUAUAGAGAGUGACCAAAAAACAGUAUAUGCAUAUACAUCGAAUCCUAGUUUGGGGGGAUUGGAGGAGGGAUAUGACUGGUUAAGAUCUCUAAGGUUGUUAAAUUCGUGCAUUUCAGAAUAGUGUGGAAGCUACUCAAUGGAAGGCAUCUUUCAUGAUAUGUUUAAAUAGUUGAGAGGCAAGUAGAAAGUCAGCACUUUGUUUCACAGGUAGCCAGUUAAC